AUGGGGUUAUGGCUACCACAAAGCAUACAACGGAAAGUGCUACUACACUUUCUUCAACAAAUCUCCAUUUUUUCGGAUUUAGAUACCUCCAAUUUAGACGUAUCACUCGGUUCUAACUCUAAGUUCUCAUUUAAGGAUAUAAAUUUACACGUCGAUGAGUUGAAUCUUCCAAAUGCUGAGGUAAAGUCCGGUGCUAUUACCCAACUAGAUUUACAGCUGGCUGUAUCUGGUGGUCUUGAUGUACUAGGGACUGGGCUUCAUUUUGUGGUACAACUCUCACCCGAUGGCGGUAAUGACGACGAAGCCGAAGAAGAGAUUAUGUUCUCACUUGGUAAAAGUAUUCAGAACCUCGCCAGCACGGUGAUACAGUUUACAGAUGACGAAACCAGAGAGAUACUGUUUAACGAUGAUGUGGAGGAGAGCAGCAGUGGAAGCAGUGGGACUGAGCAAGACCCCUUACAGCCACCACAUGGCGGCCCCGAAAAUCAAAAAGUUUCAACGUUGACGAGCAUGAGAAACCGGGUAUUAAACGUCAUAUUGGGAAAGCUGACUAUCGUGUUAAAGAAUAUUACCUUUACUCUGCUUGAUAGUAACGAUUGUGAAAAGUUCGAAUUCUUUAUAGAGAAAGUAACUGUUUUGACAAGAGAGAACGGCAUACGACAGAUAUCAAUGACUAAUUUACAACUGCAUUCAGUGGACACCAACAAUAGCGACGGUGCUUCACACCAAGAUGAGUCUGCAGAGGUUGCCAUGACAGAAAGUAUAUAUUAUUCAAAGGUGGAGGGUACAUCUCUCUAUCUGAGUGCAAUCGAAACACCCUUGGAGCAGACAUUCGAAAACGAAGAUUUCAAAUUAGAGGGAAAGAAUGAAAAUAAAAACAAAACGACACUUGUACACACCGAUUACCUAAGAGUCUCGUUUGAGGGGCUUACUUCGGUAGAUAACGUGACCGUAUCUAACGUGACAGUUGAUAUAAACGAAAUCAAUCUGUAUUUACACAACGUUACCACAAUACGUGAUCCGUUGAUUUCAGAGAUUAUUGAUUACAUUACCGACUUUAAAAUAAAAGAACCGCCAGAAAUAUCAACAGAGCAGGAAUUAUCUGCCACAGCCAAGUCACCUGCCUACCAGCGGUUCCAAAGUGAGCAAAAUUUGGAGAAAGAAGGUAUCGUUUCUUUUGUUUGCAUCAACCUACUCAAAAUCAGCAUAGCCAAUGAGAAUACUUUCAUCCUGGGGAAUCUUUCCAUAAAUCAGGAAAAUAAUAUGACAUACAAGCUGAGCAUCGAUUAUAUGCGAUUCGAGGGGAAUCAUCUACAGGUAAAAACGAAAGAAAAACCUUUUUUCCAAGGGACAUUAACGCCCAAAGAAACUAUGUUGGAAUUACACUCUCAGAUUGAUAUAAAAAUUGAAGAAGCUCAGGCUCCCCCCUUUGUAAAAUCCGUUAAAUCAACCACAGAAUUCUUUGAUUUCUUAAACUUGCAAUUUAUUUCAAAUUCAAGAAGGCGACACCCGUUCAAGGGCAAGCACAGAGCUACUUCUAAAUUACCCAAACCAAUGACCUUCAAAGUCAACAGUAUUUCAAUCACAUUAGAAUUACCACAGUACAAUAUAUCGGCAGUGUUUGAUCCCAUGGAAUACAGUUCUAAAACUUCGUCACUGCACACAGAAAGAUGCUCAAUUAUAAAGGUCAACAAAGAAAGGAUUGACGAAAUAUUUACUGCACGCGAUAUAUCUUUUGAGUUGUUAAAGAGGAGAAUUGAAAUAAAAACAUUCAACGAAAAUUUGAAAGAUUGUAAUGUUCACGCAACGAACAUUUUAAAUAUCAAAUCUUUUUCCUGUACCAGCACCUUACUAACGAUAGAGACGCUGUUCUCCGAUUUAAAUUCUUUGUUUUUAGUGGUCUUUCCUGAGGAGAAAUCUGAAUUAGAGGAAAAGAGGUUAUCUUGCAUGAAAAAGAGUGUGAGACUUCUAGCCUCUUCGCAUGUGAUUUCUAAGCAACAGUCGAUUGCUUCUUUAGUGGUCAAGGUUGAAAUGAUUAAAGUGAAAUUGAAGGACAUACUUGAAAAUGAUACAUUCGGUUCUUUGAAAGUGAGAUUAUCUGAUGUUUGUAUGUCAUUGAGCGAAUUGGAUGGCAGCUUAUUAGCAUUUGCCAACUUUCUGGAACUAAACCGAAUUGCACCCAAACUUAAAGGCAAACAGACUAUUAUUAAACGUAUUAAAAACAGUGAUAACAGGAAACCGGUUUUUCUACUAACAUUGAAGUCUGAUGAAAAGAUUAAGAUAAAACUACGAAGUUUGGAGUUGCAUUAUUACGCAAAAUGGCUAGAUUUACUUCGGGAGGUGAAAGAAGAACAACUGGCUAACACAGUUAACGUCACGACUGAUAUAAGUUCUCAAAGUAAGAAAGAGGCCCAAAAGUCAUGUGAUUUGACAUUCAUUGAUUGCUCUUUGCUACUUCAUCCAUACCGUCUUAAUGCGGGAAUUGCAGUAGUUGUGGAUCAUAUGGUUGUAGAGAUAAUAAUGGUACCGAAAUUAAAAAUAAAAGCAUUUAGUAAGAGUGCGAGUCUCCUGCUUAUUGAUGACCUCGUUAGUAAGAGGGAGAAGGAGAAGUUCUGCUCUCCGAACGUACCGAAUUUCUACGGUCAAAUAGGUUUUAUCACGAUUGGUAGAUUAAACGCAAUCAGGAUACGAUUUCAGAAAGAGCAAAACAUCUCUGAUAUUAAAAUCAAUGUUGAUUCCACUGGUCUUUCACUAUGUGCCGAUUCGCUUUACACCCUUAUCCAGGUAGGAAUAGAUUUGAAAUUUCCUGAAUCAUUCCCAGAUGAAGCCAAAUAUAAGACGCACUUUGAUCACGAUGUUAAUAUAUUUGAAAAUGUUGAUUUCAGUUUUUUCCAAGAUUUGAUGAAAGAGGAACCAGACAGCACACAUUCUAUGAGUCUUGAUAAUGGUAUCAAUGUUGUCGAGAGUUUCUUUGACGUAAAACACGAUAAUAGCAAAACUCCACAUUUGGUUGACUUGAAUAAAUCCGAUUACAACUCAAGUAAUUCUGAAAUUGCUGAUGCUGGCGUCUUAGCUAUCACAGAAGAUUACAUUGACACCAGAAAAGCAAUAACAGUUGCUCAUAGCCGAAAGCAGGAAGGUGUACUAAGAUCUGACCAUAAUGAACAAGAGCUCUCGAUUCUUCUGAAUUUAGAAAUUGGAAGAAUUGCCAUCAAGUUCUUUGAUGGCUACGACUGGAAACACACAAGAAGAACAAUUUCCAGCACAGUGAAUGAAAUGGAAAUACAGAAGAACUUGAAAAAAAAUGAUGGAACUCCGGAUCCAAUUCCAGAAACCAACAUAUUUGAAUCUAUCUUCAUAGAACAGAGACCGAACGUCGAUCUGAACCGUCAGAUAAAUGCCAAUAUUCAAGGAAUACAAGCAACAGAAGCUGUCAAAAAUAAGCUAGAUCUGUACCCGUCCAAGAAUCACAAAGUGUUAAUCAACAUAUCCGACGUGAGGAUGACAAUCAAGAACUACGAAAUAGACCAGCCCACAGAGUCCCAAUCAGAUGGUUCUACAGACGUCACAACGGAGGGAACUUUGGAAGUGUCGCAGUUUGACGUUGUCGACAACGUUUUAACUUCUUCAUGGAACAAGUUUGCUACAUUGUUACGACAGGGUAGAUGGCCGGUUAAUAAACCAAUGAUCUCUAUGAAUUUCUCUAUGGUGAGACCAGUAGAUUAUUUACCGGCACUUGAAUUGAGGCUGGAGACUGACAUGGCACCGUUGCGUUUACACGUGGAUCAAGACACUUUGGAUUUCCUCAUUAGGUUUUCCAAAUUCCGGGACCCUCGUUUUGUGUUGAUCGACGAGUACCCAGAGACCAUUUUCAUCCAGAAAUUUGCUAUUUCGGAAGUCAGAAUAAAACUGGAUUACAAACCUAAAAAAGUGGACUACGUUGGUUUGAAGUCCGGACAUGCUACUGAGUUGAUGAAUUUUUUCACACUGGAUGAGUCAAUGAUUACUUUAAAGGGUAUCCAGUUAUACGGUAUCAAUGGAUUCGAUGAAUUGGAUGUCAAUCUGAGAGCGAUAUGGACUCCCGAUAUUAUCAAAAGACAACUCGGCGGUGUGCUGAGUGGGAUUACCCCAGUCAAGUCCUUUAUCACCUUUGGAUCUGGUGUCAAAACGUUUGUCACCGUGCUGAUGUCAGAUUACCGAUCUGAUGGUCAUUUGAAAGAUACAAUAAAGCAACAGGGCAAUAUAUUUUUAAAAACCUCAACUGGCGAGUUUAUCAAACUUGGCGUAAGGGUAGCCUCUGGUACUCAAAAUAUCUUAGAAUCCGCCGAAAGGUAUUUGACAGACGGCGAAAGGGUCCAGCACGACUUCACUGAGCAGGAUAUCCUGGAUCUGAACAACAUUCUAAAUGAGGAUCAGUUAGUCGGGAGAGGAAAUCCACGUGUGCAUGAUCGGGACCCGAGUGCCGUCGUUAUCGACGCGUCAGGUCUAGACCGGGACGGCAAUCCUGCCAAUGGAUCCACGGAUGCCGCGAAAGUUGUUAGUUUAUAUUCACAACAACCUCUUGAUAUCCACCACGGUUUGGAGGAUGCGUACCACUCGCUGGAGAAGCACAUUCAAGUUGCGUACAAUUCUGUAUGGAACCCGAGUGGUAGACGGCUCGAUGGUAAUGGCACAGCGACUGCAGCUGCAGUGUCUGUUGCGAGGGUCGCUCCUAUCGCUAUCAUUCGUCCCCUGAUUGGCGCCACAGAGGCGAUCUCCAAGACUUUACAAGGGGUGGUCAACCAGUUCGAUAAGGAGCAUAUAAAUGAGGUGAACGAUAAGUACAGAUGA